CAGGCUAACAAAACGAUAGGAAACAUCCACGCGUAUCCUGUGCACGAAGGAAACGCAGAAUUAACAGAUGAGAUUCUCCAUUUUUCUUGGCAAAUAUCGUACACGCAACUUGAAAAAACAAAAUCGGUUCAUUACAUAUUGAACUAUGGAUUCAUCCGUUACUGUCUCAACUUCGUAAUUUCUUAUGUGGUGAUUAUGGUACAAUGGAGCCAGCACUUGAUAGACAACGACCCAAUGAUAAUUACAAACGAGACCACCACAUUAUACGAGAAUACAAGUAUAGUAGUAUAGCUAUGCAUAGUGCUCGAUACAAUCGUAUUGUAGAAUUAGGAAACACGUAGGUAAAAUUUGUAAAUGUUAAAUAUUAAUACAAUGCGCCUCGUAAUUAGCAUUCCUCUCGCAAAACCACCGUACAAUUUGCAAUCUUCACACAUAAAUAUGUAAAGGUACAAGGUACAAGACAUACAACGUGACAAAAUCUAGUUAGGAAAAUCAUUAUUGUUUAUCUCGUUGACGUAACUAUAAGAUAUACAUCUAAUAACGUAUAAGAAAUGAUAGUAUUUGAGGACUUUACGAGACGUAGUGUACUGGAGCUUGAUUCAGUGUAAAUCACCACAAUUUGUAUCGUAACAAAUAUAUUUAAAGGAAAAAAACACUUACGAUGAAAUAAUAUUUUUAUUCCCGUAUGAAUUACAAAAAUAUUCUUACCUCUUCGUUAUUUUGCCAAAUUAUUGAUAUCAUCAGUGUCAUUUGCACACCUUUGAUUCCAGGUGCUCCACGUUAUUCUCAAAAAUAAUUCUUUUUAUUGACUAAUCAAACAUGAUUCAUAUUCCUAGAAAAACCUAAGGAAAAAAACAUUGCAUAAGAUCAUAUCCUUCACUUUCGCAACGGUAAUAUUCUUAUUUUUGCGAUAUUAAUCAGACAGUUCUACUGUGCGCAAUUUCAUCCUAUAGACUCGUCAUUAACUAUUCCUCAUAGCAAUUUCAUCCUCGUAACGAUAUCGAUCCAGAUACGAGCAGGCAAUUGUUAUGUUCGUUAUUACUUAGCAGCCUAUUUAACGUUCGUGACACGAUAAUGAUCCGUCAAAACUAUUCAGAAAGAGUGGCAAGGAAGUAGAGUGUUCAAGUUUAUCCACUGUUAAAGUUCUCGCGACUUUGUUCCACGAUGUUCAAACCGAAAACUCUCAGGCAAACCAUAGUGCCGUCGUUGGUGAUGAAUUUUCUUUUCGGGAUGGGCAUCAGUGACGUUUUUAGCAAAAAACCAUCGAAACUGAUAGAGUACGCGUACACACUGUGUGUUUUGAUACUGAUUGAUGUCGUUGGUAUAUUAAUGAUACCUUAUUUCAAUAAAUAUUAUAUAAUUAGUAUGCUCAGCUUAAGUCGAAUCGCGUUCAAAUUACUGAUUUAUGCGAAUCUUUGGACAUUAAGCACGUUGAUCAUCGCCAGCAGAUUAAAUGCGCAGAAAUUACGUGCUUUGAUCGCACUUAUAGAAUCGAACGAUGAAGCAAUGGAAAAAAUAGGAUUGCCACGAAUGUAUCGUACGCUGUUCAUGUAUCAGAUAAAGGAAUUCGUUUUUUACGGAUUUAUCACAGUCGUUUUCGUCGCAAUCACUUCCAAAUGGCAUUUUGCAACAUCCGCGCCAACGAUAAUGAAACUGUGCCUUUCCUUCGUAGCCCACGUUCCAUUCAUAGUCAUCUACGUUUCCAGCGCUACCUUCGGCUUUUGGGUCACGUGCUUGAGGUUGAAGCUUCACCAACUGAAUCAAUUGCUUCAUAGUAUGUUGGCCACGAUGACACCGGAAUCGUCAUUGUAUAAAAGAUUUCUACAGAUGAAGAACGAUUUCGAGGACAAUAAAUUCUGGUCGUUUAGGAAUGAUCAAGGGAGCCAUGGAAACACGAACAAGAUAAGAUCAAUAAAGCAAAUGCAUCUAGAGAUAAUCAAGAUCGUGAAAGUGGUGAAUGACACGUUCGGCAUGCAGAUUCUGUUGCUGAUGACCACAUCGGUUAUCUUCACCAUUACUUUCCUCUACAUAUUGUACAGAAUUAUAUGGCUGGAUCUGACCAUGGAUGAACUUGUAAAAGAACUGGUCUCCGUGAUUUGCUGGUUCUUGGUUUACGCGUCGCAAAUCUUGUAUGUGAAUCACGUUUGUGCUAAAACGAACUUAGAGGUAACAAUUAUGGGCGAUGUUAUUUGCGACCUGUACGAACCAUCCACCAGCAACGAAUUUCGAGCAGAGAUUCGAAAUUUCACCCUACAGCUGAUACAAAAUCCGGUGGUAUUCACAGCUCAUGGAUAUUUCAACCUGGAUCACACGUUUAUUCAAGCAGUCAUUGGAACGAUUACCACAUAUCUGAUAAUUAUGAUUCAAGUGGGCGAUUUGACAAAGUCACGAACGAAAACUCUGAACAACGAAUCCAAUUCGAUUUUAUUCUAAGAAAUCUAUUUCGGUGGAAAUUGUACUCGGCUUAAAGUUAAAUCCAAUUUCUUUCGGUUCUUUUAUUAAUAUCAUAUAAUAUCAAUUAAUAAAGUUACAAAUUGUUUUCAUCGAUUAUAAAUCGAAUUGCAAGUUGAAUUUUCCGGCAAAAAAUGAUAAAUUCAUCGAAAGGACGAAAAUAGUAUCUUGAACUCGAGUUUCUUCACCGAGUUACUCGGAUAUUCGCCCUGACAAUUUUCCGCCAAUUAGGACGUGGACAGGGAUGAUACCUCAAUUACACUACCCCCUGGUACGCCCUAUACGAUUCCAGAUGGAGGCGUUAGACCGUGAAAUUUGGUAAUCUUGAAACUGGAUAGCUCGUAAUUCGGUGAAAAUAGCUACUCCUUCGAACAACCCCUAACUGAUUUUUACUUAGCGAAAAUAGCGAUUAAACGGUCUUGGAAAUCUGAAUUAAAUUACUCUUCGAAGAAUCUAAAAUGAAAUAUUCAGAAAUGAAACUGAAACUCGAAACUCUGCGUGGUUUUAGUAAAAACUGAAAGCUUCGAAAAUUGUAUUACCGCGUAAUAUUUUCAAGUAAUUGGGUAGGAGGAAAAGAAAAGAAAUUUGCAUUGACCGUGGAGUCUUGUUUCGAUCAUUUUCGACUCAAAUAAACGUAUUUUU